CUUUUAGUGUUGACAAGUUGGGAGACUGCUGUUGAAAAACGAAGGACUAUGGAAAGUAAACGGCCAAGGAUGGAGGCUGAUGGCUCUGAAAGCAGCUCUCACUCCUCUACACCCUCCAGGAAGAGUGAUGAGUAUUUGGGUCAAGGAGAAACCUUCACACGAGGAGAUUCUUCUGCUGGACAAUGGACACCAGAGGAGGCAGAGAUCCAUGAGAAACUCAAAUCCACUCUGAAGAGCAAGUUUGAGCAGCUGGUUGAGGGAUUACCCAAUCAGGGAGACCCCAGACUCCUCCAAGAGAUCUACACAGACCUCUACGUUACAGGGGGGGGAGGAGGAGGGGUCAAUUAUGAACAUGAGGUCAGACAGAUAGAGAGGGAAUGUGACAUGUCUGAUGACUCUGAUGAUGACUCUGAUGAUGACUCUGAUGGAGGAGGAGGGAUCAAUUAUGAGCAUGAGAUCAGACAGAUAGAGAGGGCAUCCUGGAGAAGAGUAGCACAGGACAGACCAAUCAAAUGCAGUGACAUCUUUAAACCCAGAGGAGAAGCAGCACAAGAUGGACCAGUUAGGAGCAUCAAUCCCCUAUCUGUAAAGCACAAACCCAUCAGAACAGUGCUGACAAAGGGAGUGGCCGGCAUUGGAAAAACAGUCUCUGUGCAGAAGUUCAUUCUGGACUGGGCUGAAGGAACAGCCAAUCAGGAUGUCCACUUUAUAUUUCCGCUUCCUUUCCGAGAGCUAAACUUGAUGAAGGAGAAGCAACUCAGUCUGGUGGAGCUCAUUCAAGUUUUUUUCCCAGAAGUAAAAGACCCAAGAGUCUUCACCAGUUCACAGCAUAGAAUCGUGUUCAUCUUUGAUGGUCUGGAUGAGUGUCGACUUCCUCUAGAUUUCCUCUCCAACCCGAGGUGUUAUGAUGUGACAGAGUCAGCCUCAGUGGAUGUGUUGCUGACAAACCUCAUCAAGGGGGAUCUGCUUCCCUUUGCUCUCCUCUGGAUCACCACCCGACCAGCAGCAGCCAAUCAGAUCCCUCUUGAGUAUGUGAAUCAGUUGACAGAAAUAAGGGGAUUCAAUGACCCACAGAAAGAUGAGUACUUCAGGAAGAGAAUCAGCGAUGAGAACCUUGCCAGCAGAACAGUCACACACCUGAAGUCAUCCAGGAGCCUCUACAUCAUGUGCCACAUUCCAGUCUUCUGCUGGAUUACAGCAACUGUUGUAGAGAGAACAUCAGAAUCAGAGAGAGUAAACAUGCCACAGACUCUCACUCAAAUGUACACACACUUCCUGAUAGUUCAGACAAGCAUCAAACAGAAGUACACAGAGAGAAAAGAGACAGAUGAAGAGGUGAUUUUCCAAUUGGGGAAACUGGCUUUCCAACAGCUGGAGAAGGGCAAUCUGAUCUUCUAUGAGGAGGACCUGAGAGAGUGUGGCAUUGACGUCACAGAAGCAUCAGUGUACUCAGGAGUGUGUACCCAGAUCUUCAGAGAGGAGGCUGGGCUGUGCCACGGGAGGGUGUUCAGCUUCGUGCAUCUGAGCAUCCAGGAGUUUCUUGCAGCUCUGUAUGUGCUCCUCUGCUUCAGCAACAGACAGAAAAACAUGUCUGACCAACAGCAAACCUCUCAGCUCUCUGCUCUGUUCAGAGCUGAAACACUUCUUGAUCUACACAAGACUGCAGUGGACCUGGCCUUACAGAGUAAGAAAGGAAACCUGGACCUUUUCCUCCGCUUCCUUCUUGGUCUCUCACUGGAGUCCAAUCAGAAUCUCUUAAAACACCUACUGCUGCAGAGCAGUAGCCAAUCAGAUAGCUCAGAACAAACAGUCCAAUAUAUUAAACAGAAGAUCAGAGAUCAACAUGAUUCAAACAGAAGGAUUAACCUGUUCUACUGUCUGAAUGAGCUGAAUUACCAUGCUGUAGUGGAGCUCAUUGACAAGAGCUCAGGAACUCUGUCUGUAGUCAUGCUCUUACCAGGAGAGUGGAAGACUAAGACAUUUAAGUUUAAGAUGUCAGAAGAGCUACUGGCUGAGUUUGACCUGCAGAGGUACAUAAUGACACCAGAGGAAGAUCAGACUGAACUCCUCAGUCCAGAUGAAGUUCUCCAGAAGCUGCUGCCAGUGGUCACAACAUCCACAUCAGCUGUGCUGGUUAGCUGUAAUCUGACAGAGAAGAGCUGCUCCUAUCUGGCCUCUGCUCUCACAUCACUCUCCUCAACACUCAGACUGCUGGACCUGAGUAGUAAUAAUGACCUGCAGGACUCAGGAGUGGAACUUUUAUGUUCUGCUCUUUCUCAUCAGAACUGCAAACUGGAGGAACUACGGCUGCAUGGCUGUAGCCUGACAGAGAAGAGCUGCUCCUAUCUGGCCUCUGCUCUCACAUCACUCUCCUCAACACUCAGACUGCUGGACCUGAGUGGGAAUGACCUGCAGGACUCAGGAGUGGAACUUUUAUGUUCUGCUCUUUCUCAUCAGAACUGCAAACUGGAGGAACUACGGCUGCAGGACUGUUGGCUGACAGAGAAGAGCUGCUCCUAUCUGGCCUCUGCUCUCACAUCACUCUCCUCAACACUCAGACUGCUGGACCUGAGUAAGAAUGACCUGCAGGACUCAGGAGUGGAACUUUUAUGUUCUGCUCUUUCUCAUCAGAACUGCAAACUGGAGGAACUACAGCUGCAGGACUGUAAGCUGACAGAGAAGAGCUGCUCCUAUCUGGCCUCUGCUCUCACAUCACUCUCCUCAACACUCAGACUGCUGGACCUGAGUCUUAAUCCCCUGCAGGACUCAGGAGUGGAACUUUUAUGUUCUGCUCUUUCUCAUCAGAACUGCAAACUGGAGGAACUACAGCUGCAGGACUGUUGGCUGACAGAGAAGAGCUGCUCCUAUCUAGCCUCUGCUCUCACAUCACUCUCCUCAACACUCAGACUGCUGGACCUGAGUAGUAAUUAUGGCCUGCAGGACUCAGGAGUGGAACUUUUAUGUUCUGCUCUUUCUCAUCAGAACUGCAAACUGGAGGAACUACGAGUGGGUGAUCAGCCUAAUGUGCGCACCAUCAGAAAGGAGCGUCCAGCAGCAGCAGCGGCAGCAGCAGCAGCCUCCACUAGCAGCUCCCACUCCUCAGAUGCUGCAGAGCUGCACCUCAGAGACAAAGCACAGCAGCACCCAGGAGCACAGCUGCUCUCUCUGGACACUCACAAGGAGGAUCACCACAUUGAUGCCCCACAGAGGAGCUGUGAGUCCUGUGCUGAAGUUCCAGACUCCAGCCACUGGGUCCUGGUGAAGCCUGAAGUCUCCACAGAGGAGAGCGUCUCCACCUACAGCUUGAGUUCUCCUGCAGGGAGCUACCAGUGCUCAGAGUCUGGUCUGCGCUGGACGUGUGCUGGUCCAGUCACCCUGCAGUACCACUUCACAGACUGGCAUGUCUUCUCUGAGGAGCUGGCCCACAUGCAGUCCAGACCAGCUGGUCCUCUGAUGGACAUCAGGCUCAUGUCAGGAGAGCUGGAGGAGAUCCAUCUGCCACAUUUCCUCUGUUUGGGGGGUUGUGAGGCGUCUGUGUGUGAUGCUGUGAGGGUCCUGCAUGGGCGGGACAGCGGAGUUUGUGUGGAGGAGUGUGAGCUGACCCGGCACCAUGCCAGACUUGUCCACCCAAACCUCUCUCCUCUUGGAGUUAUUUCCUUCUUCAGAUCUCUAUUCUCUCCCAAUACAGUCCACUCCAAAGAGAUGGUCCAUGCAAAAGUGCUGGUCUACCAGAGUAGCACACCGCCCCUGUCUUACCGCGCCUACCUCUUGCCUGAGGACGCCCAUCUGGAGCAGCUGGUGGAGAAAGAUGAGGAGAAAUUAAGAGGGGUUUGGAGGGACAAUCCCCAUCCUGUCAGACCUCUACAGAUGGAGGACUACUACAAUCUGAGGACUGACUGCUCCUCUGAGCUUUACCCAGAGGAGCUGAUGCUGAGGUACAGCAAGACCACCCCCAACUUCUAUAAGGCGGAGCUUCUUGAGGCUGAUGCGUCCUUCCACAUGGAGCUGUUCAGCUCUGCAGACAGCAAGUGUGUGUGGAGAGGGAAGUUCCAGUCAGGUGCUGAGAGUCCACCAGCAGAGGGCACCAGCACCCAACCAGCAGAGAGCAGGAGAGACACCAGCAGAGAGACCAGCGGAGCUGAGGGGGAGACCAGCUCAGAGUUCCAGUCAGGUGAUGAGAGUCUGGCCAGUCCACCAGCAGAGGGCACCAGCACCCAACCAGCAGAGAGCAGCAGAGACACCAGCAGAGAGACCAGCGGAGCUGAGGGGGAGACCAGCUCAGCGUCUGCACCUUCAAGGCAUCCCGAUCCAGGGCAGGAUUUCUUCUCCAAACACAAGGGGGCGCUGGAGACUCGUCUUCCUGUCCUCGCCUCCAUCCUGAUUCCACUCCAGCAGAGGGGGGUUCUGAAUGACCUGGAGCGUGAGCAAGUGGAGGACAAAUCCAAAUCCACCCGCACAGAACGGAACCAUCUUCUGCUCGCCAUGAUAGAGAGGAAAGGAGCCACAGCCCAACGGGUGUUCUACGAGGUUCUAAAGAAGGCAGAUCCUCAUCUGGUGAAGGACCUGAAAAACAAACACCUAAAUCUUACCAACAGAUAAUUCCCUAAACAGAAACUCUUUUGUCAUUCUCAGAGCACACAGCCUUUAAGGGUCCCCUGAUCCUGCCAAAUUCUGCUCCUGUUCACUAUAGAUAUUGUAGCGUCUCUGCCGGGUCCCUGCCAAAUACUGCUCCUAUUUAUCAUAGAUCUUGUAGCACCUUUGCAGGUGCUCUGCCAAAUACUGCUCCUCUUGGUGAUUUUCCCCACUCCCCUUAGCGUCCCCAGGCUGAAAACCAACCUUGCAACAUUGCAAGAGAAGAGAAGUUAGAAACAGGAAACUCGUUUUUAGUCGUGUUUCUCACCUUGGAACAUCCACAUUGUUCUGCUGAACUUAUGCUAACCGUUUCUCUAGCUUGUAAAGAAAUCCAUGUGCUUUUUUCAUUACAUUUUUUCACUGUUCAUAAGAAAUAGCAUGCACACUUCUCCAGCAGAGGGGGAACUAUAGCCAACCCUACCAAGGGGGCCUUAAAAGUAUCUUUCCCAGACAACUGAAGAUGUUCUAAAGAGCAUAUUCAUUUGGCUGGCACCACUAGCCUUGCUCACUACAGUAGUAGGGUACAACUGAGGACUAGGGGUAGUAAAUAACAAGGCAGUAACUCAUUCUACUACCAUUGAAUUAUUUGCCAAAUAUUUUGUUGAUUGGAUGAUUUACUGUUUGCUAAUUUGCGUUUGCCUUUGUUUGCUAAUGUACAUUUGCAAUUGUUUGCUAAUUCACGUUCGCCUGUUU